ACCAUUUCUUUCUCUCUCUCUUCUCUCUUCUUUCUUUGAUUGUGAGAACACAGAGCUCUGGAAACUCACCUUCGAGAACAACAUUCCCGAAGGAAACCCUAGAUUCUCUCACCAUACAGUCACUUGCCGGAGAAAAUAUUCAGGAAAAGAAGAAUCUUGUAUCGCAAGUCCAAGGUUCUUCAUUUCGCAUCCAAUUUCAGCCAAAUUCCACAUUUCCGAUUAAACCCUAGAUCCCAAAUUCAAUCCAAGAAAAAUUAAAGCCCCAAGUAAUUCAAUUUUGUCGCCGGGUAUGGGUAAGGUUUUCAGAGAAACCUCCAGGCCCUCGUCUUCUUCAUCCUGCCCGGCCUCUUCGUCGCCCCCGACAACCACAUCGACGUCGAUCACCGAGACCGUCAACGGGACCCACCAUUUCAAGAUCACGGGUUAUUCUUUGUCCAAAGGGAUUGGGAUUGGGAAGUACAUAGCGUCCGAUACGUUUAAUGUGGGCGGGUAUUCGUGGGCCAUCUAUUUUUACCCAGACGGCAAGAGCGUCGAGGACAAUGCCGCGUACGUCUCGCUCUUCAUCGCGCUCGCGAGCGAAGGAACCGAUGUGAGAGCUCUCUUCGAAUUGACCCUUUUGGAUCAGAGUGGGAAUGAGAGGCACAAAGUGCAUAGCCAUUUCGGGAGGACCUUGGAUAGCGGUCCCUACACGCUCAAGUAUCGCGGUAGCAUGUGGGGUUACAAGCGUUUUUUCAAAAGAACUUCUCUGGAGACAUCAGACUACCUUAAAGAUGACUGCUUGUCAGUGAACUGUAUGGUUGGUGUUGUGAAGUCACACACGGAGGGGCCAAAAAUAUACUCCAUACCAGUACCACCAUCCAGCAUGGGCCAUCAGUUUGGGCGGCUACUGGAAAGUGGAAAGGGAACUGAUGUAAAUUUUGAAAUUGACGGCGAAAUUUUUGCUGCUCACAAGUUGGUACUAGCAGCUCGAUCACCUGUAUUCAGGGCCCAACUAUUUGGUCCUAUGAAGGAUCAGAACACUCGGUGCAUAAAAGUUGAGGACAUAGAGGCUCCAGUCUUUAAGGCUUUACUUCAUUUCAUUUACUGGGACUCUCUGCCCGACAUAGAAGCGCUUACUGGAAUUAACUCCAAUGGGUCUUCGACUUUGAUGGCGCAGCAUCUGCUUGCAGCAGCGGAUCGGUAUGGCUUAGAUAGACUCCGGUUGUUAUGUGAGGCAAAUCUCUGCAAAGAUGUUGCGAUAAACACUGUGGCAACGACAUUAGCAUUGGCAGAACAACAUCACUGCUUCCAGCUGAAAACUGUGUGUCUCAGAUUUGUUGCAACACCUGGAAAUCUAUCAGGUGUGAUGCAAACAGAUGGUUACAAACACUUGAAGGAAAGCUGCCCGUCUGUUCUGACUGAACUCUUGGAAUAUGUAGCUAGAGUUAGUGAACAUUCUGUAUCUCUAUGCAGGCAUGGGAAUGACGCUAUUCUUGAUGGUAGUGACAUCAAUGGCAGGCGGGUGAAGCAAAGGCUAUAGUGAACUGAGCUUUUUGAACAUCUUCCAUGUAGAAAAACAAAAUGGAAAGAGAAAGAAAAGUGAGGAGCGAGAUUAUUUCUAGGUUUAGAAAUAACUACUAGUUUUUUAGGCUUGUUAUUCGAAAGGAUGUUGAUGUCUCUGUUGGCUUGUAAUUGAAAGUUGUAGUACUUACUGUUUUGAUUGAGAAAAAGAAAAAUUCAAUUCCCUGGUUUGUGCC